AUGCAACGCCGCCAGCACGGCGGAUUUGCCGAUCGCGAGGAGGAGUGCCGGCGGCGCGAGCGCCUCUGGAAAGCUAGCGGACCCGCCGCUUCUCUUGCCUUCUGGUCACGCCCACCGGCUUUCCUUCACCAGCCAACGGAGGGAGGCAAAUAAGGCAGGGAGGCGGGGCUGGCAUGGCUCUGCUGCUGGUCGGCCAGCUUCGCCGGAGGCGACCGCUUAGUCAGUCAGGCAAGGGGAGCCGCUUGGGGAAGACCGACUGCUGGGCGUCGCGUGCUGAGAAGAGCAGGGCGAGGGAGAGGAGAGCUCCGCAUUCCGGGUCUGCCGAAGCCGCCUCUCGGGUUCAAGGAGCGAAGUAGUAGCAGCGACGCCACCGCCAUGCCCUCCCUAAGUGAAAACGUGCUUUUUGGAAUGGGGAAUCCUCUCCUUGAUAUCUGUGCAGUUGUGGACAAGGACUUCCUUGACAAAUAUGGGCUGAAGCCAAAUGACCAGAUCUUGGCAGAGGAGAAACAUAAAGAACUAUUUGAAGAACUUGUGAAGAAGUUCAAAGUAGAGUAUCAUGCUGGUGGAUCUACUCAGAAUUCCGUUAAAGUGGCCCAGUGGAUGAUACAGAGCCCAUACAAAGCUGCAACAUUUUUUGGGUGCAUUGGAACAGACAAAUUUGGUGAGAUCCUAAAGAAGAAAGCUGAGGAAGCCAAUGUGGAUGCUCAUUAUUACGAACAGAGUGAACAGCCAACUGGAACCUGUGCUGCUUGCAUCACAAGUGACAACAGGUCUCUUGUCGCUAACUUGGCUGCUGCUAAUUGUUAUAAGAAGGAAAAACAUCUUGAUUUGGAGAAGAACUGGAAGCUGGUGGAAAAAGCUAAAGUUUAUUACAUUGCAGGUUUCUUUUUGACAGUGUCACCAGAAUCCAUACUCAAAGUGGCCACUCAGUCUUCUGCAAACAACAAGAUCUUCAGUUUGAAUCUUUCGGCACCAUUUAUUAGCCAGUUCUACAAGGACCCAAUGAUGAAAGUUCUACCUUACGUUGACAUUCUGUUUGGAAAUGAAACGGAAGCUGCCACUUUUGCUAGAGAGCAAGGCUUUGAGACUGAGGACAUUAAAGAGAUAGCCCGGAAGGCACAAGCUCUGCCAAAAGCGAAUCUUAAAAGACAGCGAAUUGUUGUGUUCACCCAAGGGAAGGAUGACACUGUAAUGGCCACAGAAACUGAAGUAAGAGCUUUUCCAGUCUUAAUUAGUGACCAGAGUGAGAUUGUUGACACCAAUGGAGCUGGAGAUGCAUUUGUGGGAGGUUUCCUCUCUCAGCUUGUCUAUGACCGGCCUCUAAUAGAGUGCAUCCGCGCCGGACACUAUGCGGCCAGUGUGAUUGUAAAGCGUUCUGGUUGCACCUUCCCAGAGAAGCCUGACUUCCACUGAUGCUGGAGCAUCCAAGGGAUCAUUGCCUACCUUUCCCCAUUCUCCCCUCCCCAGUUAUCCUGCAUUGAAGCUUCUGUACUUCUAUUCACUUCUACCUUUCACAGAUCUGAUUUCCCUUUUGCCUGUUCCUGACACAACAGUAUUCUGCAUGUCUUAAAUUAGAGGCCAGGCUGCCAGGCUCUGAUCAGUUUGGCCCUUUAUAUCCUUAGUACAAUUUCUAAGAGCAGCACGGUAUAAAAACCACCUGCAGAUGUUUAGCUAUGGUAUAACACUUCUUUGAUAACCUCUAAUAUGUUCAACCCUGUGCUCACCUUAUCUGGGUGAGAAAUCCAUCAAUAUGUUCAACUGGUAUAAAAUUGAAUUAAUGGUACUGAACUGUUGUGAAAACUGGUGUACACAAGGAAAAUAUUCUGUCUACUCCCUUGUAUGCUAAAUUUGCAUACACAUGGGCUUAACCUUGCUUCCACUGCAAUAAAUAGGAAUGUGCCCAUGGUUCAUGGGACUGACCCAAAAUCAUGUGGACUAGUGCCAUCUUAUUGGCUUUAGGAAAUUUUGGAGCAGGCUCCUAAGAGAGGGCAUAAUCUUGGUCUUUAAUGUGUGUCUGAACAAGGAUUUGUGGUCUCAUGUCUUCCAGGGCAGAAUCAGGAUAUUGUCAUGACUAUAAAUAAAGCUCAUAACGGGACAUUUUGCUACUGAUGUGAGCUUGAGUUUGCAUCUCAAAUAUAUAUACAUUUGUGAACAUGAAGUACAGAAUUAUUCAUGCAGGCUGUCUUAUCAGGAUAUGCCAAAACAGAAUCUUUUAUUUCAACGCACAGUUUUAAGAUGAUAAUGUACUUCAAAGAAUCAAGAAAUCUUCUGAAUUUUAUUUGUAUUACAGUAUUCAAGAGAGAUGUUCUGAAAAUGCCAUUCAUUACUUUACUAUGUAAUUUGAUACUGAUAAACAAAACAAUUGUGAUACAUGA